AUGGCUACCGACGUGGAGAAGUACGAGCAGCUGCGGAAUCGGGAAGCCACGCGGACGGCCGCGCAAUUUUCGCAGGAGAUCUCCGACAGCCUGAUUCGCAACCACCAUUGGGGAACUUUACUCAGCGCUGCGCCUCUGGCUCUGAGCUUCGUAGGGGCGUGUCAGGUUGUCGCAUCAUCCCCUGCUGCAUCAGGGCUCAAACUGAAAAAGCCGAAAAAUGGAUUCACUCAUCUGCAAUAUGAAUCUUUGCAGGCCAAUCUGGUGUACUUGGUUGACAUUGGCCGCAAGACAUUCAUCGAGACUGAAUCCCGCAUGGACAAAUUAGUAAUGCAUUCGAGGUACCUGUUUUCGGAAACUGGGACUGUCAACAGGAUUAUAGAUGCUCUCAACGAUGAACAAGGCGCCAAAAAGACAUUGCCUGCAUGCAUGAAUACCCUGAAAAGUACUGUUGGAGAGUGUGAAAACCACUUGCAAGUUAUUGAAGCCAAAUUCGAAGCAUGGCUUGACGUGGCUCAAGAGCUAAGCCAGGUAGCCACGGAAUCCGAGCAUGACACAAUCGAUAAGCGCCAUGAGAAUCAAGACCAAGUCCAUUCGCAGAAGAUCCGUAAGGAGUUUGCCGAGAAAGAGAUGCAGAGGAAGGAGGAAGCUGUGAGAGAAGCUCAAAGGAGGAUGCUUCUUGCUGAAGAUGCCUUCAAGCAUGCUUCUAAAAAUAUACCCUCUGGUUGGGAUGUUGUCGGCAUGAGUGUGGUUGACGUACUCAGCCAAAGUGUCUUCAGCAUCGGAGGUGCUCUGGUCACGGCUCUUACGCCCCACAAAUAUGUGGCCCUGGGACAAUCUGUUUUUGAUACUUUGAAGUCAACUCUAAUGAAAGAUCACAACGAUGAUCACGAGCAUUUCGAAGGUCCCGGAUCGAACGUCGGCAGACACGAUGAUCCUGCAUGCAUGCACUUGGACAAUCUACUCACAUACUUAUCUCUCUUGUCAUCUGUUGUCAACGGUGGACUUCUUCCUGCACAUCAACAAGAUGGCGCAGUGCCUUCGAAUAGUCCUGGAACCAUCCGCACGUUCUUAGAAAUCAUGGACCACGACCUUCCAGACAAUGCCGCCCCUGGAUCGUACUCGUAUGACGCCAAGUAUAUUGUCAAUGAGGCUCUCGAGAUUAUCCAUGAAAUCCAGGACGUUGCAAAAUCCAAACGAGAGAUCUCAGGAUCAAGCUCUCCCAUAGCCUGGGAGACAUGGCAGAAAAAAGUUGCAGAUCUGCAGGCCCGCGCCGCUUCUUUGAAAGCAAGAAAAGAUAAUCUGGAAGGGAUGGCAGCUGGUGCUACGCCGCCACGCCUCAAAAAGCAUUCAAAGCGCUACAAAGCCAGCCAAUCAAUCGUCCGAGCGCAGCUUGACAGAGCAGCAGCAGCUUUUGAAUCCAGUACAGCAAGCCUUGAGGUCCAAAGAGAAGCAUACGAUGCAAGUGUCACAAGACUUAAUCAAAACCUGGAGAGAAUCUCAGACAUCCAGCUGGCAAUCGGCAAGCUGCAAGCUGAAAAUGUGACGCUCGAAGAGAUUGUCCGCAUCCUCCGCGCUUCAAUCAGCGCUCUAUCGGGCCUGAAAGAGCAGAUUACCUCCCUCCUCCGCUUUUUCCAGGGAAUUUCUGGAAUGGUCGAGUUUGCUGCCCGCGGACCGUGUAGAGAUCUGCUGGAAACACUGGAGACUGGUAUUGAACGAGAUGAAUCGGGCGCGAUUGCUGGAGUUACGUUUCGAGACUUCCAAAAGCAGGUGCUUCUCAACACUACCUUGAUGAUACGCGGUUAUUUCAGUGUUGUGUUUGAGGUAUCCCGCCUUUACUGUGACGUGUCACGGGAAUACAUCAUUCCCGGGGUAAACUUGAUAGAUUCACUGGGUCUUUCACAAAACAGAGAUAUCACGAACCAACGGAACAAAGAACUGGAACAAUACAAAAGAAGUGCCGUUCAGGCAAUCCGUGAACUUGCGGAAAAGAAACAACAAGCAUUGCUUUCAAGGAUGGAUCAACGCAUCUCUUACCUUCAGGAAACUGUUCCUUCUCUACCGGAAUGCUCGGAAAAGAAAGCAAUCGAGUUAACGGCAGAAGAAGAAGCGGCCAGGGCCAGAUCUGAGGCAGAGCAGGAAGGCGAAUUUGUUGAUGUGGCGGCUCAUUUGUUCACCGGGCAUUUCAAUGAGAACCUUUGA